AUGGCCGAUUCUCAUCAUCGAAAGGCCAUGGCUCCUCCAGCUGAUAUGGCGUAUCGCACUCCUGCGGUACUGCCAUUCGAACUGAUCCAACAUAUUGGUAUCUUCUUCGAGGAAAAUCUUUAUACUCAAGGAUUAAAUCUUUUAUAUAGCACCCUCAGCUCGGGAACCUACGCCUCUCAGAAAGCGUUUGUCCCUUUACCACAGCAUAUUGCGCUCGCGGUUACACUCCUCGUCCACCCAUCAACUACAACCCGCGCCAAAUCCCCCGAGGCGAAGGAGGCGGCCUCCGUGGCUCUGCGACUCCUCCGACUUCUCUCUACCCUCGUCAACCCUCAUGAUUGCAGGCUCAAUCAUGCAUUUGUCUUCACGCAACAGACAUUACGAUCCGGUCGUUCGCACCAUACAGAAGAUGACGAUAGAGGUCUCCAAUCCUCCGGGCGCAAGCCAUUGAACUUAGAAAUGGGCCAAGGCGAUUCUUUAUGGGCGCGGGCUGAAGACUUCUGGCAUGCUGUGGGCUGGGCUUUCAAUUGCUCCGUACUUCAUCCCGAACGCUGGGAGCGGUGGCAGGUCUGGCUGCAUUACAUGUGCGAAAUCAUGGAAGAUGAUUGGGAGCAAAGAUUGGAAACAUACCACGAGUUUGGAGCGCAGAAACGGGAGGACGCACGAACACUUGAAGAGGCCAAAAAAGGGAAUGGCGCUGCUGGAGGGCCUCGGAAGAAGACAAACGCUGGACCCGCCGAGAAAACGAAAGUGAAAGCUAAAGGAACUCGGAAGAGUGCGCACGACACUGAAGCUGAGGAACCAAAAGGGAGAGCCAGAAGAGCUUGGCAGAAUGGCGAACUGAAUCAAAACCCCGCUAAAGCCGCUCGGAAGGUGGACGAAGGCUUAAGCAUUCUUCGGGAAAGCUUGAUUUUCCAGUUCAUUGCCGCUAGUAACGACAAUGGACGAAACCGGAGGAUCCUGAGAGCCAUCUUCGCAGACGGGAGUACCACUUCAAUCAAUGAGUUUCGACAGGUGUUUAGAAAAGAACUCAAAGCUCGCCGAGCGCCCGACAAGCCCAAGAAAAGAGAGCGCGAGGUCCAUGUUGACAAGGAGCAGUACGGCGACUACAUGUCCCAAGAAGAGACGGAUGAUGAAGUGAAUGGAGCAGAUGAUUCCAAGCCGAAGCCGAUCCGACGAAGUAAGCGAACAAGACGAGGGACAAGGACUGUACCCAAUGGAUCUUCCGCGCAAGCCGACACAGGAUCGACCUCUUUACCACGUCAGGACGUUGGACUUUCGUCGAUGGGUGGCCUCGACUCACUUCGAUUGCGCAAACGACUCCUCGGAAUCCUCUCAGCUGUCUCCUUCCGCCUCCCUCAAGACUUCAUUUCCGUUCUGGACCUCUACAAUCUUUUCUCGGACAAUAUUGGCCCCCAGCCCCUGCCCAUUUUCCAGGCUUUUGUUAGCCCAUCUAUUCUACCUGAGUUCGCAGAUGAGGAACAGACUACCCUCUGCGAGAUAUUGCUGUACAGCUUGCGGGAAGCCUCUGCUCCGUCCACGGACGAGGCUUAUCUCGACCAGUCGAAGCUGGAAAAAUGCUUCCUUCCAUAUGCGGCCGCUGCUAGCAGCGUUGUGAGCAACAUCAAGGUAUCUAUUCUUCUGGAGGCGGCUAUUGUCCUUCUAGGGGAAAGUAACCGGUUAACCGUCACGGACUCUUUUAUGUAUGCUGUCGAAGCUGGAAUCGACAGGCGGGUCAACAAAGCAAGCGCUGAGCUCCAACGCAGCCAAACCAGCGAGGACCAGUCACCGGAAUGGUCUUGGUUGGUGGAAAGCUGCAACAGGCUGACGUUUCUCACUGAACUUUUGUCACCCACGGCUUAG